AGAUAAUCAAGAUUGUAAUCAAUACCUGUGUUUUGUUUACGUUGGAGAUCAUUGCUAUCCAAUCGAUAAUUUGUUAUUAUUCAUGGAAAACGAUUUGUGAUUGGUAUAAUUAGGUAUAAUUUAUGACCUAACAAUGGGAAGUAAACAAGAAGAGGAAGAAAAAAUCAAAGUUUGGAAGGAGGUAUUCGAUUUAUUUGAUGCCAAUAAAGAUGGUUACAUUUCAACUGAUGAACUUGGGGUAGUGUUACGAGGGCUAGAUCUGAAUCCCACUGAGAAAGAAAUUAAAGAAAUAGCUACACAACUUGAUAAAAAUAAAAAUGGUAAAAUAGAAUUCAGUGAAUUUGUGGCUUUGAUGAAAAAUAAACAACGAUCUAGAGAAGAGGAGAAAGAUGAUAUGAUCAGAGCCUUUAGAAUAGUGGAUAGAGAUGACAAUAAAUAUAUAGACAAGUUUGAAUUGAAAAGGCUGAUGACGAAGUUUGGAGAAGUUUUAUCAGAGGAGGAGGUAGAUCUGAUGAUAAAAGUGGCUGAUUUAAAUAGAGAUGGCAAGAUUGAUUACAACGAAUUCGUGAAAUUUUUGUUGCAGCCAUGUUUAUAAAUGGUUCUUGCUGACUUUAUUUAUAAAUCAGGGCAGGCAGUACAUGUAUUUUAGUUAUGUUGACUUAUUUCCAUACAUAAGAACAGUUAAAUAAGGAGACAUUAUGCACAUCCAUGGAAGAUUCCAAACGACCUGGAGCAGUCUAUUUUGUUUUGAGGUAGAACGAUUGGUACCUUUUCAGGUUGGCUGACCUAAUCAUUUAUAAAAAUAAUUUUUAUUAAUAGAUAUUUCUUUUUAAGUUAUUGUAUAUUUAAUUCCUUUUAUACAAAAUAAAUUUUUAAAAUCC